GGGACAGCUUCCUAAAAGAAAUUUGGAUCAGAGAAAAAGUAUUCAAGGACCAUGCAAGCUAACUGUAGCCAACUGCACAGUCCUCCAGGAACUGUAGGCAGUGAGGAGGUCUCAGCCUCCCAAUGUGUCCAUACAACAAGAAUGACAGGAGAAGGAUCGUGUCUUCAUUCUGGAGAUGUUCAUAUCCAAAUAAACUCCAUACCUAAAGAAUAUGUCGAAAAUCCAAGCUCUAGAAAUACAAGGUCAGGUGUCCACAGCUGUACCCACGGAUGUGUACAUAGUCGCUUACGAAGUCACUCGCAAGGUGAAGCAAGACAACCAGAUGAUAUGACCACAGAGUCUGGAGAACAUGGCAACUCCUUCUCAGAAUUUCACUAUAUCUUCAAGUGGUUGCAAAAAAGUCUUCCAUAUAUUUUGAUUCUGAGUGUCAAACUUCUUAUGAAGCAUAUAACAGGAAUUUCUCUUGGAAUUGGGCUGCUUACAACCUUUAUGUAUGCAAACAAAAGCAUUGUAAAUCAGGUUUUUCUAAGAGAAAGGUGCUCUAAGAUUCAAUGUGCUUGGUUACUGGUAUUCUUAGCAGGAUCAUCUGUUCUUUUAUACUACACCUUUCAUUCUCAGUCGCUUCAUUACAGCUUAAUUUUUUUAAAACCUACUUUGGACCAUUUGAACUUCUGGGAAAUAUUUUGGAUUGUUGGAAUUACAGACUUCAUUCUGAAAUUCAUUUUCAUGAGCUUAAAAUGCUUUAUUUUAUUGGUGCCUUCUUCCAUCAUGCCUUUCAAAUCAAAGGGUUUCUGGUAUAUGCUUUUAGAAGAAUUAUGUCAGUAUUACCGAACUUUUGUUCCAAUACCGGUUUGGUUUCGUUACCUUAUAAGCUUUGGGGACUUUGGGAAUGUAAUUAGAUGGAGUCUUGGAAUAUUGCUGGCUUUACUCUACCUCAUACUGAAACUUUUGGACUUUUUUAGACACCUGAAAACUUUCAGACAGGUUUUACGAAUAUUUUUUACAAGACCAAGUUAUGGUGUGGCUGCCAGCAAGAGACAGUGUUCAGAAAUGGAUGAUAUUUGCUCAAUAUGUCAAGCUGAAUUUCAGAAGCCAAUUCUUCUCAUCUGUCAGCAUAUAUUCUGUGAAGAAUGCAUUACCUUAUGGUUUAACAGAGAGAAAACAUGUCCGUUGUGCAGAACUGUAGUAUCAGACCAUAUACACAAAUGGAAAGAUGGAGCCACUUCUUCACACCUUCAACUAUAUUAA